AUGGAUGAAGAUAAUAUGGAUAUUGAUAUUGAGGCCGGGGCCUGGAGACGAGACCGCCUCGGUGAUGAACCUAUUUAUUGCGCCGCCCCUCCCCCAUCGAACCCGGACGACAUCAUCUGUCUUGGAUCGGAUGAAGAGCUUGAUGAUGACGCAAAGAUCGCAAAGAGACUACGAUACGAAACUCAGGGGCUCCGAUAUUUACAGGGCAAGACUAAACGAAUAUUCUCCGCUUCUCUUCAUGGUCCCUUCGAGAAGACUUCAGGAUGGAAGAAUCCUUGGCUACCGAAACAACCCUCCAUCGAAAAUACAGUUUCCACAUCCCAACCUACGAUGAAACCUCUUCCAGCAAUCAAACAACGCUUGCGCAAAUAUCUUGAACAGAACGACACCACAUCUGGUACCAGUAACUCAAUGCGCUGCCACUUACCUAGCCCUGAAAGCAAUCGGGAAUUGCCACUUUCUAGUAACCCUCCAGAGACAGACAAACACAGUCGAAUACAGGCUUGGGCGAAGGAUGUAUCUCCUGGAAUCGUAGUAGAGCCGAAUCCUUUCUGGGUACCCAAUCAAAUUAACUCCGAAACCGAUGGUUCUGGCAAGAAACGACCAGCCACGAAAGAUUGGUUGAAGAAGCAAUCGAAGCGGAAGAGGCUCGAUAACCCCCAGGAUAUAGCCAUGACGUCUACUCCCACGCCACUACUCACAGCACAGACUUCAGCUCGAUGUAGCUCGGUGCCCACAGACAUCGAUCAGACUGGGAAGCCCGGCAUUCCUAGAAAGAAGAUAAGCCAAAGCUUCGAAUUGGCAACCCCAUCUUCCACUGCCGACCAGAGUAUUUCGGAAAGUCAAUAUAGAGGACAGCACAAGAAUAUCGCAAGACACCAGAUAACGUCGUCACGAGCCAACUCAUCCGAAAUAUCCGAAGCAGCUGUUAAGAAUUCGAAAAUACGACCCAUGAGCAGGACGGUUAAUGAUCGAAAACGCAAAAGGGUUUCCAAUGCCGAGAUAGAGAAUCACGCAAAACAAGCCUACGGUGACAUAAGCAAUAAGAAAUCUCAUCAGAGCCAGAACGCAGACGAUAUGUAUUCCGAAAGUUAUCUAGACGAGAGUUUUCAUUAUCGAACUCGACCCACGAAGCAGGUUAUAGGUGUAGAAGAGCCAAUAGCAGACGCCUAUCCUGAACCCACUCAGACCAGAACUCCUUCAUCUCCAUCGAGUCCAGCGUUGGCGCUGCAAGUUCCCACGGAGCAAGCAAAAAUAAGCGACCGAGCUGAAAGUCUUCCUGAUCAGAUAUAUUAUCAGGACAGUAGUAUUGUCGAGAACAGCACGGAAUGCUAUUCAAUCCCAUCUCGUUCGAAAAGGGGGGCAAUUAAGGAUCAACAGCCGCUUGUUGAGAACCCAAAUUCAACGCGUAGCGGUUCAAUCAACGUUUUGGCCUCAAUAGAAAACACAAAUUCUCUUCAUAUUCAGGUUCAGGACGACUUCUGUAUACCACAACCGCUACAUGAAGAGAAGGUGGCUCAAAACACUACAGUCUCCAGAAAUCUUAUAGCCGAAACACAUUCAACAGAGAACCAGCCAAUGGACAUCGAUGGAAAUACGCUAUACAAACCUAAUGGAAUAUCCGCAAGUCAUCACGUACCCAAAGGUCAAACCCCUGGUGUCAUGUCAACAGUCGAGCUAGACGAGCAAAUGGAAAACGUGAUGAACAAGGAAACACAAGGAAAUGAAUCGGGCAUUGAAUCCAACUUACCCAUAGUACCAUUAUCACAGUCGGAGUGGAGUGCCAAAUCUACAGAUGGAGCAAAGAUGGUUAAUGAGAGCAAAGUGAGCAUUUUAGCUGUCAAGGCGGAAGUUCUUGAUAAUAGUGACUUAACUGCGACUACUUUAUCAGAACCUUCGGAAGUUAUUCCGCCAGAUAGUCCAUGGGUUACCGAAUUAGCUCCAGGGGCAGACCUUACGAUCGGGCACGUUAAGUCAGAGCCGGUUGAUGAUAUACCUUUACUUUCUCCUUGCCCAUCCCAUCUCACUUUACUUAGUUCUCAGCCUAGUGGUCAUGGAACCCCUAUGAUCGGACCAUCACAACAGAGCCCCUGGGGUGGGAAAUUAUCGGAACCGUUGAAAAUAGAUCAUGGGCAUCAUCUGGCAGAUGUGGAAGCUAAACCAACCGACACACAUCCUAGCACGAUAGUUCCUCAAGUGCAUCAAAAUCCCUGGGCUGAGUCAAGCGCGAGCUUCAAGCCUCGUUCCAAAUACUCUCUUUCUUGUUCUCCGACAGCUUUCAACGAAGAACCCCCGCCACCACACCUACAACUGUCCAUGGCGGCUGUUGGACAGUAUUCAGAGAGUUCAAAAGGGAAUCCGAUUACACCUCCCCGAAUGCCUACAUUUCAUGUGCGAACACCUGACCUAGAGAGUUCGAUCAAGCCAUUCGCUACGUUCAACAGUCCAUCACCGAAACGCGGAGGCCAACAGUUUGCUGGUCGCCCUUCAUCUAUCGGUCAUCCGUGGAGUAUUAUUCCUGACGCCCUAGACAGUGGGCGGUCAACUCGACGAGUAACAUUCGCUUUAUUCCCUGAAGAUGAUGACGAUAUCGAGACUCGGCAGCCACUUAAUAUUAAAAGAGCUGCGUCGCCUCCGCCUCAAACGACAGUCAAUGCUGAUGACGACGAUGUGGGCAAGAACUUCCAUAACCAUUUCAGUAUUAUGAAGCGACGUGCUAGUGGGGAAAAUAUCCGACGUCGGUCUAAGCCAUUACUCCCAAGCUCUUCGCAGCAAAUGCCUAUAAGCCCGUCGGUUGGUGCGAUGGCUGAGGCUUUUCAGGUGGCCGAUGCGUAUAUUCCCCGCACACAAGGGACUCCUGUCGGGAUUGUUAAGAGGAAUGUUGAUCAGAAAAUGCAUGGUGAAGAGCAAUCUCCGUGGCAAAAGGAGAGCCAGGGAGUAGACGAUGUGGCGGAUGUUAUGAAUAACUUGAACGAUUUCAUUAAUCCUUGGGACACGGAUGUAUAA